UCAUGCGUCAUCACUGUGUUCUGUGCCGGUGCAGGUCAACGUGAUUGUUUGUGAGCAGCGUGUGUUAGUGAGUGAGUGCGCUGUGGGUUUGUGCUUGGCGGUGGUUAUUGUUGUGUGUAAUCUCCCUGCGCAGCUCGCUGUAAUGGCUGCUUACGGAAGGACGGCGCUGGUCUCUGCGCUUGUGCGCCACUUGAGUGGAAGACGCUCGUGCGUGAGGAAGUUUCUGGAAGCCUCCGGAAGCCGCCGCGCUGUUCCUGGCGUUCCGCUGGGGCUGCGGAGAGAGAGUCCUGUCUGCUCCCUGAGUCCUGUCUGCUCCCUGAGUCCUGUGAAGGUUCCAGUCAGCUGGGCCGCACAGCGCAGAGCUCUCACUACAGAGACACCGUACAAAGAAGAGGAUUAUCCCCCUCUUCCUGAGUACUCUCCUCCUCCAGAGGGUGAACAGAAAGAAGUGUUCAUCGUCCGUGUUCAGGGUCUGCCGUGGUCUUGUAGUCCUGAGGACCUGCUAAAAUUCUUCUCUGAGUGUCGCAUUCACAAAGGAGUAAACGGAAUCCAUCUUAUGUAUCACAAAAACGGAAAGCCGACAGGACAAGCCUUCAUCGAGCUGGAGGCUGAGGAGGAUGUCAGCAAAGCCUUGGAGAUGCACAGGCAGUAUCUUGGACCCCGCUAUGUAGAAGUGUAUGAAGUGACCCAUAAUGAUGCAGAGGCCAUACUGAAGGGCACAAGUGAAAGCCAAGAUGGAGUGGUUCGCAUUCGAGGUCUGCCCUUUAACUGCACAGAGAAGGAUGUUAUUCAGUUUUUUUCAGGACUGAACGUUGUGAAAGAUGGGGUCACGCUGGUCAUGGACCGCUGGGGUCGGAGUUCAGGUGACGCGUUUGUGCAGUUUGCAACACAGGAGAUGGCAGAUGAAGCACUGAACAGAGACCGAGCCGUUAUUGGAAACAGGUACAUUGAGGUGUACCCAAGCAAAAAGAGCGAGAUUCAAAUGCAGUACGGCAGAGGGAGGGGAGAUGCUACAGCCACUGGAUUCCGUGCACAUAAGGGCAGCAACGUGUCUCUUCCUACACACUAUGUACACAUGAGGGGCCUACCAUAUCGAGCCACGGCUGGAGACGUAAUAAACUUUUUUCACCCUAUCAGGGUAGCAAAGGUUCUGAUCGAGUACGGGCCUGAUGGGAGACCUAGUGGCGAGGCAGAAGCUUACUUCACAACACGACAGGACGCGAUGGCGGCAAUGACCAAAGACAAGCAGUACAUACAGGACAGAUAUAUUGAGCUGUACCUAAAUUCCACAUGAAAGGAGACCAAGGACUGAAAAAGGUGAAUGGCUGGCUGUCUUUUGUACAAAGCAUUUUGGUAAUAUUUAUUGAGAAAUCUGGGGAAAAAUUAAUUAAACCUGUUCAGUUAUGGAGUACA